GGACCAAUCAGGAGGCGUUGUUGUGGGAAUUUAAAGGUCUGUGCGGCAUUUCCCUCACACAGCGGCUCGUUCUCCAGCUGAAGGAACCAACUCGUCUCCGUCGUCAGUGAAAAUGUCCGAGAACGAUCGUCUCACCAGUUUCAAGAACAAGGGCAAAGAUGCCACCGAGCUCCGUCGCAGGAGGGUGGAGGUGAACGUGGAGCUCCGCAAAGCCAAGAAAGAUGAUCAGAUGUUCAAGAGGAGGAACGUGGCCGCGUUUCCCGACGAGGCCACGUCUCCUCUGCAAGAGAGAACCCACAACUGUCAGACUUCCAGGCAGUGGACGGUUGAGGAGAUCAUCGCAGGUGUGAACACCGGUAACGUUGAGUCCCAGCUCCAGGCGACACAGGCCGCACGGAAACUUCUGUCCCGUGACAAGAACCCUCCCAUCGACCAGAUGAUCAGCGCCGGCCUGAUCCCCAGGUUUGUUGCUUUCCUGGGGCUCGUCGACUGUCCUCCGAUCCAGUUCGAGGCCUCCUGGGCUCUGACCAACAUCGCCUCCGGGACGUCCGAUCAGACGGCUGCUGUCGUGGAGGGCGGGGCCAUUCCGGCCUUCAUCAGCCUGGUCACGUCCACACACCAGCACAUCAGCGAGCAGGCAGUCUGGGCCCUUGGAAACAUUGCUGGUGAUGGAUCAGCUCUCAGAGACCGGGUCAUCAAGCACGGAGCCGUGGCCCCUCUGCUCAGUCUGGUGGCCGUCCCUGAUCUGUCUGUAUUUAAUACUGGCUAUGUGAGAAAUGUGACAUGGACGCUGUCAAACCUCUGCCGCAACAAGAACCCCUCCCCACCUAUGGCGGCGAUCCAGCAGAUCUUGCCCGCUCUCGUCCGCCUGCUGCACCACGAUGAUCGGGAAGUGUUGGCCGACGCGUGUUGGGCUCUCUCUUACUUGACGGACGGCUCCAAUGACCGCAUUGAGGUGGUCGUCCAAACCGGCAUCAUCCCUCGCCUUGUGAAGCUGCUGGGCUUUGACGAGUUGUCCGUCAUUACCCCGUCGCUGCGUGCCAUCGGCAACAUCGUGACCGGUACAGAUGAGCAGACGCAGGCGGUUCUUGAUGCCAGCGCCCUGUCCAUGUUCCCCCGACUGCUGCGCCACAAGAGAGCCAACAUCCAGAAGGAGGCAGCCUGGACUCUGUCCAACAUCACUGCAGGGAGAGACACCCAAAUCCAGGAGGUCAUCAACGCAGGCAUCGUCCCAUACCUGGUUGAAACGCUUGCUCGGGGCGACUAUAAAACUCAGAAGGAGGCUGUGUGGGCCAUUACAAACUUCACCAGUGGGGGCACUGUCCAGCAGGUGGUUUAUCUUGUUCAGGCCAACGUGAUCGAGCCUCUUCUGAAUCUGCUCUCCUCUAAGGACAGCAAAAUUGUCCUCGUCAUCUUGGAUGCCAUCACCAAUAUCUUCCUGGCUGGCGAUAAAAUUGGAGAGUCGGACAAGCUGAGUCUAAUGAUGGAAGAAUGCGGUGGACUGGACAGGAUUGAAUCUCUGCAGUCUCAUGAGAAUGAGAUGGUGUACAAAGCAGCCCUCAACCUGAUUGAAAAAUACUUCUCUGCGGAGGACGAGGAGCUGGAGUCUGUGGCCCCAGAAGCAACCAAUGAUGGUUAUGCUUUUCAAAUCAGUGAAAACCAGAGCACUUUCGAUUUCUAGACUUUCUAAUCUUUCAACUGUACUGUACUCUCCUUACCACUGUCUGUCCUUUUGUUCUUGUCCUUUUUGUAUGUACUGUACAUACUCUUUUUAAUAUGACGAAGCUGAUUGUAAAUAAAGUUGUCAGAUUA